AUGGCUAAGAGUUUGCAGAGAAAGCAACACGGCUGUGUGAACCAAUACAAACCAAAGCCUGACUUAAGCAUCUCCAACCCUUUGAGGAUGUCCAGCUACAUAUUCAAACGACCAGUUACUAAGAUCACAUCCCAUCCUGGCAAUGAGGUUAGAUACCACCAAUGGGAAGAGAGCCUGGAAAAGCCCCAACAGGUCUGCUGGCAGAAGAGACUUCAAGGACUCCAGGCCUAUAGCAGUUCAGGAGAACUUUUAAGUAUUUUGGAUCUUGCCAAAUCCUUGCAGAAGCUCGCACCUGGUUGUACAGGUGCGUCCCUGCCAGGGGCUCUUGCUGGCAGUCCGUGUCCCAGUCCCACGCCCACCUUUGCCCAGUCUUCAGAUUUGGCGGAGGUUGUUCCUGGAGCGGGUCUGGGUAGCUCACAGAUCCUCUGCAAACAAUUUCUGGUCACGGAGGAAGAUAUUAGGAAACAGGAAAGGAAAGUGAAGUUGGUAAGAGAGAGACUGGCCAUAGCAUUGAUUGCAGACGGACUUGCUAAUGAGGCAGAGAAAACGCAAGACCAAGAAGGGCGUCCUGAAAAACACUAUGAAAAAAAGAGAAGAUAG